GUUGCUAAUUUUGAACGGUUGACGAAGAGAACACGUAGCCCAGCAGCAUCUGAAUUACCCCAAGCAACGGAACCGAACUCUUGUCGACAACAUGUGAAGAACGACGCUUCAACAGAACGUUGCUUUCAGUUCAGACCUCAACGAAACGCAAAAAUCACCGCCAAAAAAAAAAAAAACAAAGGCUCAUUCAAAACUUGAUUUGAUAUUUCCUCCAUUCCCCCUACACCUCCGCCGCACUGUAGCAUUACCCCUCGCACGAUGGAUUGCGCGUCGACUCGCUGCUGAAACGGACGGGUCUGACUCGGAGGGAUCGCCGAGUCCCUUUCGAGUUUCUCGGUGAUGAGAGGGAGCUGCUGCUUGAAACGUCGCGUAGAGCAGAGGUUCCGGUUACUCGCGAUCUCCACCGUUAAAUCAGCGAGGAUCAAUCAUCUUCUGCUCUUCUGCUGCAUUGCCUUGACGCUCAUCGUCCUCGCCACUACUGCUUCCACCGUCAUCGUAUCCACCAACCACGCUCCUCCUCCGCGUCACUUUCCUCUUUCGAGGAAAGGAUAUUCUAUCGUAAUGAACACAUGGAAGAGAUAUGAUCUCCUAAAGCAGUCCCUAAUGCAUUAUUCAUCAUGUCCUCGACUUGAAUCAGUACACAUUGUGUGGAGUGAACCCAAUCCUCCCUCAGAUUUUCUUUCUAAAUUUCUACACCACGUAAUAGAGUCUAAGUCUACAGAUGGUCGACAGGUCAAAUUGAAGUUUGAUAUCAACAAGGAAGACAGUUUGAAUAAUAGAUUUAAAGAAAUUAAGGAUUUGGACACAGAUGCAGUCUUUUCCAUUGAUGAUGAUGUCAUAUUUCCUUGCUCUUCAGUGGAAUUUGCAUUUGAUGUUUGGCAAAGUGCACCAGAUACAAUGGUGGGAUUUGUACCUCGUGGCCAUUGGGUGGAUUCAUCGGAAGGUAAUGGUGACAAAUUUAGAUAUGGGGGAUGGUGGUCCGUGUGGUGGACAGGUACAUAUAGCAUGGUGCUUUCCAAGGCAGCAUUCUUCCACAAAAAGUAUUUCAGUCUCUACACAAAGCAGAUGCCAGCAUCAAUAAGAGAAUAUGUAACCAAGAAUAGGAACUGUGAAGAUAUUGCAAUGUCUUUCCUUGUUGCAAAUGCUACUGAUGCACCCCCAAUAUGGGUUAAAGGUAAAAUAUUUGAGAUUGGAUCCACUGGAAUCAGCAGCUUGGGAGGUCACAGUGAAAGAAGAACAGAGUGUGUCAACAGAUUUACUGCUGUAUAUGGACGGAUGCCCUUGGUAUCUACUUCAGUGAAGGCUGUUGAUAGUCGCAACAUCUGGUUUUGGUGACUGCUGGAUUUUUAUUUUAUUUGCAGUUUUAGAAAUUCCACUAUCGGCUCCAAAAAGGGAAGAAAAAAAAAAGUAAAGAAAUUCCACUAUCUUCAAUUAGCUAGUGUAGUUACCCAAUUCUUGUUAGGUACAGAGCUGUAUAAUAUUGAAUCGCAUGCAAAAUUCAUGCAUUUUGGUGGGGAAGAGUUAACUAGCCACAUCUCCUACAUUAUAUAUUGUAUUCUUUCACAUGUAAUAUGUUAGAUAUGAUUAAAUAUGAUUAGAUAUGAUU